AUGUUGGCUCUCUGGAGUUUGAUGGCCGCUCUUGUGGUUACAGCUGCCUUCGCUGCGGACGACAGGAAGCCAGUCACGCGAUCCAACCCCGUGCCACAAACCCUCAUCACGCGCGCUGAACUCGUGCCGCAAGACCACGUACUGCAAGCAUACCCCGCGAACAGCUUCAACGACGGCUGGGCGAAGCACCUCACAAAACAUGAGGCUCAGAUUCAGAGCUGGAAUGACAAGCAGCCCGAUCUGAUCCCGCUAUACUGUUACGACAACGCAAAAGGGGCUGAUCUUAGCCCGUACGACGUCGAGGUCUAUGACUUCAAGUACGACGACUGCGACUCACGAUGGACCAUGUGUCGGCACAAGGAUGCGGAGUGGUCGAUUGAGGACCUCGGCCACCGCUUCGGUUUGCUGCCCGUGUGGGCACGUGGGCUCGUCGCCAACGUGCUCCUCCUGCCUCUUCCAGGUGGCACGGCCGCUUCCACAAACGGAGGCGGCCUGCAGUUAAAGGGCGACGCUGAUCUUGGUUCCCUGUUCCACGAGGUCGGGCACAGUGUGGACACGAACUGCCCAUUCCCCGGGCGUACGGACACCCAAGAGAACUCUCACGACACCGAGGAAUGGAUGGACGCCUUCCACAAAGACGGCUGGGUGCCUAGCCCCUUGGCCAACGGAGGCUUGGGCGACGACUUCGCCGAGGUCUACCUGCAUGCCCUCUACGAUGUCAACGUACCUGGUGGUCUUGCUAGCCUCGGCACGCAGUCCGAUGGCAAGAACAACUGGGACCUGAUCAAGAAUCAGUUAGACCUCGUGAAGCGCUACUGCAAGGCUGCGCUUUCUGCCGGAUCUGGUGACAAGUGCGAGAACAAGAGGGAGUCGACGGAGAUCAUCAAGAAGGACGGCAGCAGGCUGCAGGGCGGCAGUCGCAAGCUCGGUCCCAAGCGUAUGCCCGCUUCGUCCCAAUAG